AUGUCGGGCUCCUCGCACAUCUAUCGUGCAAGCACGACUGCCCCAGUGAAUAUUGCGGUGAUCAAGUACUGGGGCAAAAGAGACACCUCCCUCAACCUCCCCACCAACUCCUCGUUAUCGGUCACUUUGUCUCAGAAAUCUUUGCGGACACAUACGACGGCAUCCUGCUCGACAUCUUUCAGUGGGCCUGAUUCCCUCAUCCUCAACGGGGAGGCCGAAGACAUCCAGUCGUCCAAGCGGACACAGGCAUGCUUGAAACAUCUCCGGUCACUACGGGAGCAGCUGGAAGUAAAAGAUGGAUCUCUACCCAAGUUGUCGGAGAUGACUCUGCGCAUUGUCUCGUCAAACAACUUCCCUACAGCCGCCGGUCUCGCUUCUUCGGCCGCCGGGUUUGCGGCCUUGGUCAGAGCGAUUGCCGACUUGUACGAUUUGCCUCAAACACCUGAGGAGCUUUCUUUGAUCGCAAGGCAGGGGUCCGGGUCAGCAUGCAGAAGCCUUAUGGGUGGCUAUGUUGCCUGGCGAGCAGGUACCAAAGCCGAUGGCAGUGACAGCAUUGCAGAGGAAGUGGCGCCAGUGUCACAUUGGCCAGAAAUGAGAGCGUUGAUACUGGUGGUUAGCGCGGAGAAGAAAGGAGUGCCUUCGACGGCAGGCAUGCAAACCACGGUCGAGACAUCGACCCUGGCACCAGCGCGGUUUCAGGAAAUCGUCCCGAAGAGGAUGGCGGAGAUUGAACAGGCCAUCCAUGAAAAGGACUUUGAGACUUUCGCCCGCAUCACCAUGCAAGACUCGAACUCGUUCCAUGCGAUCUGUCUCGACUCGUGGCCCCCGAUCCAUUAUUUGAACGAUGUUUCUCGAGCGGCCAUGAGUGCAGUUGAAACGGCGAACCGAAAAGCUGGGAAACUGAUCUGUGCAUAUACAUUUGAUGCAGGCCCGAAUGCAGUCAUCUACUAUCUGGAGGAACACACGCAUCAAGUGGCGGGCGUGUUCAGAAGUCUCCUGGAGAGGACCCCCGGCUGGGAAGGGGAAUUCGCACAGGACAUUCGACCCAACGAGUCUGGCAGCCUGGAUGCGAAGGCGUUGAUGACUUUGAAGUCGGGUAUCAGCCGUGUGAUCUGUACCGGAGUAGGAGGAGGUCCGGAGCGGAUUGAGAAGCACCUGGUGGACGAGAAUGGCAAGGCAGUGUCUGUUGAGGAAUGA